UUUAUAAGCAUGAUCAAUUUCAUUCUCAUGGUGAAUAAGUAAGGACAAACAAGAUUAGCUUAAUAUUUUUAAUUUCUGAGUGUUAAAGAAAGAAUGACACUUGAAGGUGAAUUGAUAAGAAAAUGUCUAUCUAGAAGUGAAACCCAAUGUAGUUUUCUUGAACACAGAGGAUACAAGGUAUAUAACUUAUUUAAUUUUUAAGAUUAUUUACAGAAGAUAUGCCUCUCUUUAUUUUAUUAUUGGAAUGGAUCUAGAAGAAGAAGUAAUUCUAUAUUGUUAUUAUUAAGAAUGAAAUGGCAUAUUUAGAAUUCAUACAUAAUUUGGUUGAAACUUUAGAUAAGUAUUUUGAAAAUGUUUGCGAAUUAGAUGUAUAUAUCUAUAUAUCUAUUUAUUUAGAUAAUGUUUAAUAUUGAAAAAGCUCACUAUAUUUUGGAAGAAAUGGUUAUGAAUGGUCAAAUCGUGGAAACUAAUAAGACAUAAGUCUUAGGUAUUCAAUUUUUAUAAAUAUUAAGCUCCAAUUCAUGUAUUAGACAAAGCUAAAGAUGAAUGAGCAUUUUGUUUUUUUUUUUUGAUUAUUGAUUUCAU